AUGCGGAUGGUGCAAUGGAACGAAUAUCCUGAGGAGAUGAUCCUGUUCUCGAGAGGACACACUGAGCUACCCAAAACAAGCAGCUUAUACCAGUUAACGCCGAUGCUGGACGAGAACGGAGUUCUACGAGUCGAAGGAAGAAUUGGAGCGGCACCGCAUGCAUCGUUCGAUGCCAGAUUCCCGGUGAUCCUCCCGAGAAAGCACCCGGUGACAAAGCUAGUGGUAGAUGAUUUCCAUCGAGCCUUUCGCCACGGAAAUUCCGAAACGGUAGUGAACGAAGUCCGACAGUACUACAACAUUUCCCGAUUGAGGACGGUGGUGAAGCAAGUUUCAGCAACGUGCCAGUGGUGCAAGGUGAAGAAGACGUAUCCCACGGUUCCACGAAUGGCGCCGUUGCCGGUGGCUCGUUUGUCGUCGUUCACUCGACCAUUCACCUACACCGGCAUCGAUUUCUUCGGGCCGUUAUUAGUGAAAGUAGGGAGGAGUGCUGCUAAACGCUGGAUCUGCCUAUUCACUUGUCUCACUACACGCGCCGUUCAUGUCGAGGUUGCUCACAGCCUUUCUACACCGUCGUGCAUCAAGUGCAUACGCCGUUUUGUCUGCCGCCGAAGGGCGCCGGCAGAAAUCUAUACCGAUAAUGGUAUCAACUUCAAAGGUGCCGAACGUCUGCUGCGGGAGGAGCUCGAGUGUAUACACAGCGAAUUGGCAGCGACGUUCACUAAUACAGAUACGAAGUGGAAUUUCAUUCCGCCAGGAGCACCUCACAUGGGCGGAGCAUGGGAAAGGAUGGUACGGUCGAUUAAGUCGGCUAUGGAGGCAGCUUACAACAACGAUCGGAAACUGGACGACGAGGGACUAGGAACACUAGUAGUCGAAGCCGAGGGCAUUGUUAACAGCCGUCCGCUUACCUACUUGCCCCUAGACGCUGCCGAAGGGGAAGCUCUGACGCCAAAUCACUUCCUCCUAGGAAACUCAACGGGUGUUCGCCAGCCUGCAGUAACGUUCAGUGACGCGGCUUCCGCAGUUAAGACUUCCUGGAAUCUAAUACAAUAUCAACUGGACGUGUUCUGGAAGCGUUGGAUUCGGGAAUAUCUCCCGAUGCUGACCAAACGGAUGAAGUGGUUUGGAGAAGUAACGCCUGUUGCUGUUGGGGAUCUAGUCCUUGUAGUGGACGACGCCCGUAGGAACGGAUGGAUUCGAGGAAGGAUCAAGGAUGUCGUGGCUUCGGAAGACGGACGAGUUCGGCAAGCUAUAGUUCAGACUGCGAGGGGGAUGUUACGUAGACCGGUGUCGAAGUUGGCCGUGUUGGAGGUUGAGUCUGGUGGUAAAACUGGAACCGGUGGCCAGUGUUACGGGGGGGAGGAUGUUGCUGCCAGCACUGCCCCGCGGUGUAACCGCAACCGAACGACAUCACCGCUUCAACUGGCGAACGGUGUUACCAAGACUUAA